AUGUGCGCGGUCCUGGUCGCGGUGCUGCUGUGCUGCACGCUGCACGGCGCGCUCGGCGUGUUCAUGCUGGAUCCGUCGGCGCUCUUCCCGCAGCCGCAGAGCCGCACGAGCUGCCGACCCAUCCCGCCGUCGCUGCGCCUCUGCCGCGGCAUCGAGUACGAGCGCAUGCGCCUGCCCAACCUGCUGGGCCACGAGACCCUGAGCGAGGUGACGCAGCAGGCGGCCGCCUGGGUGCCGCUCGUGCAGAAGCGCUGCCACGCCGACACGCGCCGCUUCCUGUGCGCGCUCUUCGCGCCCGUGUGCCUCGAGGACGUGCACGAGCCCAUACGGCCGUGCCGCGCGCUCUGCGAGGGCGUGAAGAGCGCGUGCGCGCCAGUCAUGGCCGCCUUCGGCUUCCCUUGGCCCGACAUGCUGGAGUGCGCGCGCUUCCCUCAGGAGCCCGAGCUCUGCAUCCCGCCGGCCGCGAGCGAGCACGAGCACGAGCACGAGCAUGAGAGCAACAGCACCGGCACCGAGCCGGAGAGCAACGGAGUGAUGAAGGUGUGUGACGCCUGUCGGGUGAAGCCGGAGGAUGAGAAUGAGAUCGUGGACAGUCUGUGCAGGAACGAUUUUGCUCUGAAGAUGCGGGUGAAGGAGAUCUUGUACAUCGACGGCAACACCAAGAUCAUCCCCGAGGCCAAGAGCAGGAUCAUCUACAAGCCCAACGACGUGACGGAGCGCGACCUGCGCCGGACGCCGCUGUGGAUCCGCGACAGUCCCGACUGCAUGUGCGAGGAGAUGAGCGACAUCAGCACCAGCUACCUGGUGAUGGGUCAGAAACAGGACGGGGAACUGGUCAUCACGUCCCUGAAGCGCUGGCAGAAGGACCAAGACUUCAAACGCUUCGCCCGCAGCAUCCGCAAACUGCAGUGCUGAGGUGCCGGCCACGACCCGGCGGCCCGAGACCCUCCAGAGCCUCGAUGCCGCCCUUGUAAAUUAGCCCAGCGGCCAGGAAACGAAGCAGGUUCGAAUGCUUUUGAUGGACAUUGAUGCUAGGUGGGGACGUUUUUUAUUACGGACUGUUUGAGCGAUGCUAGUUGUACUCAGUUGCCAGCUUUUAACUCGUAGCGAGCUGAACACACUCGGAGGAGAACACUAACCGUCACUGUCUAUAGCUGCACCCGGGGUCACAAAUACGGCCGGAUCUUUUAUUAUUUUAUUAUUUUAUACGUUUCCCUUUCCUUACGUCUUAUCGUACAGAAUGCUAGACGAGCUUGUGCCUGAUUUUUAAAAAUCCCUACACACACACCGUCCACUUUAUUAGGGUUAUAAAAUCCUACAAACGUCUUCAGCUCAUCUUCACGUGGAACAUCUGAGAGAAUUGGCUUCAGCGUGGUCACAGAAAAAACAUCCAGCGAGCGGCAGUCCUGCUGGCAGAAACACCGAAGAUCACGUCAGGUUCCUCCAGGAAUCCGAGGGUACGGUGGGCACAGGUUCCCGAAACAAGACAGCCGCCUCUCGUAAUCGCCAUCCGGAAGCUUCCAGUCGAUUCCGCUUCAUCGAUCGAUGCUUCGUUUUAUAGAAAUGAUGAAACGUUCGUGUAAUUCGAUGUUUUAUUCCAGUAAAUUUAAUCCUGAUUAUUAUUUCAGUUUAUUUUCUGUAUUUGAAUAAUUCUGAACGUUUUGCAUGAUGCUGAAUGAUGGAGUGUUGUUGUUGUUGAUGUUUUUUACUCUGCAGACGAGAGAUAGCGGGCUAUAUU